UGAUUUACCUGCAAGUCUGCAACUAAGGUUUUGUUCUCAAAUUUCACCUCCGCCCUUAACAAGCCUGCUUGUGGUCUCUCUCUCCUCCCUCUCUCUCUAAGGUCCAAACGAACCAGCUUUUGGGGCCUCUCUCUCUAAAGUCCGAAGUAACGAGCUUUUGGGCUCUCUCUCUCCGCAGAGUUGAUGGCUAAUAAUGCGCUUCCGCCCCAGAAAAACACUCUUUAUGUGGUCUUGCAGAGGAGGUGAAUGAGGCAAUUCUACAUUCUGCUUUUAUUCCAUUUGGGGACAUAAAGGAUGUGACCACACCACUAGACCAGGCAACACAAAAGCACAGGUCUUUUGGCUUUGUUACAUUCCUUGAGAAGGAGGAUGCAGCAGCAGCCAUGGAUAACAUGAACAAUGCAGAGCUUUAUGGAAGGGUCUUGACUGUCAAUUAUGCUCAGCCAAUCCGGAUUAAGGGGGGUGAACAGGGUUGGGCUUCCCAGCCAAUCGUGGAGAUGGCCAUAGGGAAGGUGCCAGAAUUACAGGAAAAAUUCACUGGAAUUUCAGAUCCCGGCCUUGAUUUCUUGAGAAGUGUUUCAGGCGAGAGCCAUCACAAAGGUCAACGGCUUCUCAGUUGCUUCACCACCCUUUUUGGCGUUUGCAUCCUCCAACAAACCCUUUUUUCAGGCGACCUUAAGCAUGAUUCUGUCAUUCUCAACCCAAAUCAAAGGAUUACAACCUUCUCAAUUUGCCGAGGCCUCAACGAAAAGCAGUGGUCUGAAACCCUGACAAGUUGCAGUGGUUUUGACAAAAAUGAGAGAAACAAAAUCCUAACAAGUUGCAGUGACUUUGAUGAAGAACAGACAAUUGACACCCUAGAAAGUCACAGAGCUUCAAAAGCAAAGAAGAUGAUCAAAACCCUAACAAGAUGCAGAGGUUUCAACCAAGAGAGGUGGGAACGCAAGGACUGGAUAACAGUGAGGUCGUCAAUGGCGGGAGAACUUCGAGUGCUUCCUUUUCUUUCUCUGAAUUCUCACUACAAAGCCCAAAUAAAAGCACGCGGUUUUGAGAGAGAGAGAGUGAGAGAGAGAGAGGGGAGAGGCAUACGGAGUUUUGAGAGAGAUAGAGAUGGAGUCAUUUUACAAAAUGUUUAGGCCAAUAAUGUAUGGUCAAAGGGGUCUAGGCAGUAGGAAGAUAGAAAAGAUAGAGACUUUAUGAUGCGAGAAAUAGUUUAAAUCCUUGGGUCUCUUGAUAAAUGGAAUCCAAAAAUAAGGGGUACGGAGAUAUUUUCCCUUAAAAGUAUAUUAUGAAUAAAAUAAAAAUAUGCAUAAUGAUGUGGCAUAUAUUUGUAUCAUGUGUUGGUGGCAUGUGUUUGUUCGCAUGCUUGUACACGUGCUUGUGCAUGUACAUGUGCAUGUCAAAUAGAUACUCGUAUAAACAACUGGGUCCUAGAGUUCAAGAAAUGCCUAGUCAUAUAUCCACUUUCCUUAUCCAUGUCCAUAUCCAUAUUCUCAUCUAGGCAUCUUAGCUUUCUAGGGCUACAUCCACAGCCCAUUGGUUCUAUAGGAGAAUAGGAUUGAUCUGAUUUUUUCAAACAGGAUUGUUGUAUAACGUGAUUUUGUUAUUAUAUUCCUAAUUGCUUGGAAUAUGAGUUUUUUAUUUUUUUAUUUUUCCUGUUAAUAAUGUUUCUUUCAGUUUGCAUGUGAUUUAGUGCCUUGUUGUAUUGCUUUUUUUUUUAUCUGUGCUUGGAGGGAGAAUGUCUACUCUUGACAUUAUUAGGUUAUGAUCCUUUUUACUAUUUUCUUUUAUUGGUUGAACUGGGUCCAUACCCAAGACCGUUCUGUUGAAACUCUGAUGCCUUACUAACUAACCAAGAGGGCGAAAUAGCAUGUUGCCCUUAGAACAAGUAAGUCGCUCUUUUCAUUCCUUUCUGUAUUCUUUUCUAUUAUUGGUACUUCAAGAUAAGGGUCGGAUUCCACCAUAGCAAUUGAUGAAAUCUCUUGCCACUGGAGAUCUGGGGAGUUCAUUUAGCCAUAUUACAUUUUGAGAGAUUCUUGAAGUGCUUUUAGUUUCCCAAACUAAGAGUCUGAAAACAGAUACCUAUGCCAAAAUGAGAUCAGAGACCUUUCUGUUCACAAAGUUUCCUGAACUUCUGUUGGAUUCAUUCCUCUACUUAGUAACUAAAAGGCUUCUUAAAUUUGUUGAAAGUCUUUUUUUUGUUUUUUGUUGGAUUACUAAUGUCCUAAGUUGGUAUGCUUUGAUAAAAUACUUUCUUU